GCUCCCGCUUCCGGGCGUGGCCGCCAUUUUUGGCGGUGCUGGCGGCUUCCGAGUGCUAGUAGUUGGACUGGACCAUGAGCUACGACUACCAUCAGAGCUGGGGCCGGGACGCGGGACCGCGGGGCUCUGGCGGGGGCUACGGCGGCGGCCGCGGAGGGAGCCGGGGCUCGGGCGGCGGCGGCGGCGGAGGCGGGGGAGGCCGCGGAGGUCGGGGCCGGCAUCCCGGGCACCUUAAGGGCCGCGAGAUCGGCCUGUGGUACGCGAAGAAGCAGACGCAGAAGAACAAGGAUGCCGAGAGGCAGGAGAGAGCUGUGGUACACAUGGAUGAGAGACGAGAAGAGCAGAUUGUCCAGCUGUUGAAUUCGGUCCAAGCUAAGAACGAUAAAGAUUCCGAAGCACAGAUAUCCUGGUUUGCUCCUGAGGAUCAUGGGUAUGGUACUGAAGUUUCCUCUGAGAAAAAAAUAAAUUCAGAUAAGAAACUUGACAACCAAGAAAAGAAAUCAGUGAACCAAGAAAAAAAGACAUUUAGAGUCACAGACAAAUUAUAUGUUGACCGAGAUUCUGAGUAUCUGUUGCAAGAAAAUGAACCAGAUGUGAGCUUAGACCAACAAUUAUUGGAAGAUUUACAAAAGAAAAAAACUGACCCUCGGUAUCUAGAGAUGCAGCGUUUCAGAGAAAAGCUGCCUUCAUAUGGAAUGCAAAAGGAAUUGGUAAAUUUAAUCAAUAACCAUCAGGUAGCAGUAAUAAGUGGUGAAACUGGUUGUGGCAAAACCACUCAGGUUACUCAGUUCAUUUUGGAUAACUACAUUGAAAGAGGAAAAGGAUCUGCAUGCAGGAUAGUGUGCACUCAGCCAAGAAGAAUCAGUGCCAUCUCAGUUGCAGAAAGAGUGGCAGCAGAAAGGGCCGAAUCCUGUGGCAAUGGUAAUAGUACUGGAUACCAAAUUCGUCUCCAGAGUCGGUUGCCAAGGAAACAGGGUUCUAUCUUAUACUGUACAACAGGAAUCAUCCUUCAGUGGCUCCAGUCAGACUCGCGUUUGUCCAGUGUUAGUCAUAUUGUACUUGAUGAAAUUCAUGAAAGGAAUCUACAGUCAGAUGUUUUAAUGACUGUUAUUAAAGAUCUUCUCAAUUUUCGAUCUGAUCUGAAAGUAAUAUUGAUGAGUGCAACAUUGAAUGCUGAGAAAUUUUCAGAAUAUUUUGGUAACUGUCCAAUGAUACAUAUACCUGGUUUUACUUUUCCGGUUGAGGAAUAUCUUUUGGAAGAUAUAAUUGAAAAAAUAAGAUACGUUCCAGAGCAAAAAGAGCAUAGAUCCCAGUUUAAGAGGGGUUUCAUGCAAGGGCAUGUAAACAGACAAGAAAAAGAAGAAAAGGAAGCCAUCUAUAAAGAACGCUGGCCGGAUUACACGAAGGAACUGCGCAGAAGAUAUUCUGCAAAUACCGUGGAUGUUUUGGAAAUGAUGGAUGAUGAUAAAGUUGAUCUGAAUUUGAUUGCUGCCCUUAUUCGGUACAUUGUUUUGGAAGAAGAGGAUGGUGCAAUACUGGUCUUUCUACCAGGCUGGGACAAUAUCAGCACUUUACAUGAUCUCUUGAUGUCACAAGUGAUGUUUAAGUCAGAUAAGUUUCUUAUUAUACCUUUACAUUCACUGAUGCCUACAGUAAACCAGACACAGGUAUUUAAAAAAACUCCUCCUGGUGUUCGGAAAAUAGUAAUUGCUACCAACAUUGCAGAAACUAGCAUUACCAUAGAUGACGUGGUUUAUGUGAUAGAUGGAGGAAAAAUUAAAGAGACACACUUUGACACGCAGAACAACAUCAGUACGAUGUCUGCUGAAUGGGUUAGUAAAGCUAAUGCCAAACAGAGGAAAGGUAGAGCUGGAAGAGUUCAACCCGGUCAUUGCUAUCAUCUGUAUAAUGGCCUUAGAGCAAGUCUUCUAGAUGACUAUCAACUACCAGAAAUUUUGAGAACCCCUCUGGAAGAACUUUGUUUGCAAAUAAAGAUUUUAAGGCUAGGUGCAAUUGCCUACUUUCUGAGUAGGUUAAUGGAUCCACCAUCAGAUGAAGCAGUAUUGCUCGCCAUAAAACACUUGAUGGCACUGAAUGCGUUGGAUAAGCAAGAAGAAUUAACACCCCUUGGUGUCCACUUAGCCCGACUGCCUGUCGAGCCACAUAUUGGAAAAAUGAUUCUUUUUGGAGCUUUGUUCUGUUGCUUGGACCCAGUCCUCACCAUUGCUGCUAGUCUCAGCUUUAAAGACCCCUUCGUCAUUCCGCUGGGAAAAGAAAAGAUUGCAGAUGCAAGAAGAAAGGAAUUGGCAAAGGAAACCAGAAGUGACCACCUGACAGUUGUAAAUGCAUUUGAGGGUUGGGAGGAAGCUAGACGUCGUGGUUUCAGAUACGAAAAAGACUAUUGCUGGGAAUAUUUUCUGUCCUCUAACACACUGCAGAUGCUGCACAAUAUGAAGGGGCAGUUUGCUGAGCAUCUUCUUGGAGCUGGAUUUGUAAGCAGUAGAAGUCCUAAAGAUCCAAAGUCAAAUAUCAAUUCAGAUAAUGAGAAGAUAAUUAAAGCUGUCAUCUGUGCUGGUUUAUAUCCCAAAGUUGCUAAAAUCCGACUAAAUUUGGGUAAAAAAAGAAAAAUGGUGAAAGUGCACACGAAGUCCGAUGGUCUGGUUGCUAUUCAUCCUAAGUCAGUCAAUGUGGAGCAGACGGAUUUCCAUCACAACUGGCUCAUCUAUCACCUGAAGAUGAGAACAAGCAGUAUAUACUUGUAUGACUGUACAGAAGUUUCCCCAUACUGUCUUUUGUUCUUUGGGGGUGAUAUUUCCAUCCAGAAGGAUAAUGAUCAGGAAACUAUUGCUGUAGAUGAAUGGAUUGUGUUUCAGUCUCCAGCAAGAAUUGCCCAUCUUGUUAAGGAGUUAAGAAAGGAACUGGAUAUCCUUCUGCAGGAGAAGAUUGAACGCCCUCACCCUGUAGACUGGAAGGACACUAAGUCCAGAGACUGUGCAGUGCUGUCGGCUAUUCUAGACUUGAUCAGAACACAGGAAAAGGCAGCUCCGAGGGACUUGCCACCCCGAGUACAGGGUGCGUAUUACAGCCGACGGCUUCCUGUGUCGGUCUAAAAGCCACUUUGGAAUCCAUUUUCUUCUCUCUUUUUGGCAAAAUGCCAGACCCUGGGUUAUAACUCGAUUGUGUGUGUAAGAUAGAAACCUACAGUGGGUAGUAAAGAGUUAAUGUGCAUGACUAGAUGGUGUUAUCUGUAGUUAUUGUAAAGAUACCGUAAAAAAUACGCUCUUUGAUCAUAAGACUCUAUUGUACAUAUGUCCACACCUUGAGGGUAUUCCUGUUAUAUAUCCUGGGUGUUGAACCUUGAGAAAGCCCUUUGUGCCAUUAUGCAAAAUGAAUUUUCUGCCCAUGACUGUCUAGAGCCAGUAAAAAUAGAAUGCUUGGCCAAAGAGCAUUGUGAAGUAAGAAUCUGAAUACAACCACAUUUUUUAAAAUGAACUUCAAUUAAAAGUAAAUUUGUUGUAAUAAAGCCUGGUAUUUAAUAAAAUGUACAAACGUGUAAAUCUCA